CAGCGAGGCGCACAGAGGAAGACGUCCACGUCGUCUGUCUGCAGCCGAGACGUCCUCCAUGUGCAGCUCCGCGUCCAGCCCUGCGUCCAGCUCCGCGUAGAGACGCUCCGUCUGGCUCCGUCUGGCUCCGUCUGCAGAACAGGGACAGGACGCGUAAACAUGGAGCUGGAAGACGGGGUGGUGUACCAGGACGACCCGGGGACGUCCGCCGUGAUGUCGGAGCGGGUGUCGGGCCUGGCCAACUCCAUCUACCGCGAGUUCGAGCGCCUCAUCUGCAAAUACGACGAGGACGUGGUGAAGGAGCUGAUGCCGCUGGUGGUGGCCGUGCUGGAGAACCUGGACUCGGUGUUCGCGGAGAACCAGGAGCAUGAGGUGGAGCUGGAGCUGCUGAAGGAGGACAACGAGCAGCUCAUCACCCAGUACGAGAGGGAGAAGGCUCUGAGGAAGCAUGCAGAGGAGAAGUUCAUCGAGUUUGAGGACACGCAUGAACAGGAUAAGAAGGACCUGCAGAACCAUGUGGACAGAAUGGAGUCCCAUUCGCGGCAACUGGAACUCAAGAUCAAGAACUACGCAGACCAGAUUGGCAGGUUAGAAGAACGUGAAUUGGAGCUCAAGAAAGAAUACAACUCCCUCCAUCAGCGACACUCAGAGAUGAUCCAUAACUAUAUGGAGCAUGUAGAGAGGAUAAAAAUGCAGCAGAUAAGUGAGACUUCAGACUCAAGUGCGGUGGGUCGAGUCAGGAGAGAGCGGCCUCUUUCUUUGGGGAUCUUCCCCUCACCCGGUGGAGGAGCGUCCCUGCUGAUCCCCGACCCCCAGGCCAAGGCAGAGACACCGGGCACGGAGGGCUGGAGAUUCACCGACCCAGCGCGGUCCAACACCAGCCUCAAGUUGGACUUUGCCGACCCCCCAAAGGCAAGGGAGGGUCAGAGAGCGCAGGACUCUACUUGGGGGAAUUCACUGGCUGAUGACUGCAAGGAUGAGCUGUCGGAAUUCCCCGGCUCCAAGUCACCAAUGUCCACCACAGCCUCAGACAUGGAGAAGGGAGAUGGGAACAGUAAGAGCAUGGAGGUGCAGGCUGCACCGGGGACCAGGUCCAUAUCAGUGGGUUUGCCGGAAAAUGAUGAGAGCUCAGAUGUGCAGGACAUCAUUGAGUCCACCCCUGAGCUGGACAUGGAUGCCAUCGGAUACAAACCCUGCAGUACUCCUACUAAAGGCAUUGAGAACCUGGCAUUUGACCGAAACACAGAAUCUCUUUUUGAGGAGCUGUCUUCUGCGGGCACUGGGCUCAUAGGGGAUGUGGAUGAAGGAGCCGACCUGCUGGACCUUAGUUUGAUUGGAAUGGGCCGGGAAGUUGAAAAUCUAAUUCAGGAGAAUUCACAGCUGCUUGAGACAAAGAACGCUCUGAACGUGGUGAAUAAAGACUUGAUAUUGAAGGUGGACGAGUUGACCUGUGAGAAGGAGAUGUUGCAGGGAGAGAUGCAGGCCAUGCUGCAGGCCAAGACCAAGCUGGAGGACAAGAACAAAGAGAUGGAGGAGGAUCUUAAAAAAGUGCGACUGGAGAUGGAGGAGGUGAAACACAAAACUAAAGAGGAAGAAGAUAGCGAUGUACCUACAGCCCAGAGGAAGCGCUUCACCAGAGUGGAAAUGGCCCGAGUGCUGAUGGAGAGGAACCAGUACAAAGAGAGACUGAUGGAGCUACAGGAAGCUGUGCGGUGGACAGAGAUGAUCAGGGCCUCGAGAGAAAAUCCAACACUCUCAGAAAAAAAGAAAUCCAGCAUCUGGCAGUUCUUCAGCAGACUGUUUAGCUCCUCCUCCAGUUCCCCGGCUAUAAAGAAGGUGGAGUCCCAGUCCCACAUGAAAUACAACAGCCCGGGCAGCAUGGUGAAGAGGAGUCGCACCUUCUCCCAGUUCCCAACGGAGAAGUCAAAGACUUUUGACUUCCUCAAUGAAGAAAAGGACCAGUGCAGCUCGCCGUCGCGUAAAGAGCAGAAGAGAGCCCAGUACAGACAGGUCAAGGCCCACAUGCAGAAGGAGGAUGGACGAGUCACUGCACACGGCUGGAGCCUGCCCAGCAAAUACAAGGUGGCAAAUGGUGGACAAGUGGAGAACAAAAUGAACCUACCUGUACCAGUAUACCUGACGCCUCUGGAUCAGAAGGAUGCUUCUAUGAAGCUGUGGUGUGCCGCAGGGGUCAACCUGUCUGGGGGAAAGACAUUACCAGAGCUCAUGAAACAGACGAAGGGUUCUCAGAGUAGUCUGGACCAGUUAGAACAAGAGAGUAAGGAUCAGGAGAAAGGGGAGCAGGAGAAGGAGCUGGUCCUCCAGGAUGAGACCUCCAGUAGGUUGUGGGUGUGCACCAGCACCCACUCCUCCACCAAGGUUAUGGUGCUGGACGCCACUCAGCCCUCUGACUUACUUGACAGCUUCUACGCCUGCAACACCCACGUCGUCUGCAUUGCCAGCGUGCCAGGUGUGCUGGAGACUGAUUAUUCUGCAGGUGAAGAGGUUCCCCAAGACGUAGAGGCUAACCAAGGUGACCGGGUGUCACUGGCCGGCAGUGUGGCCAGUGUGGGCUCAACAGGAAGUGAUGGUGCCAUGGCAGCAGAGGGGACCACUGCCAUUCCCCAGACGGCCAGCGCGGGUGUCACUGAUCAGCCGGCUGAGCACAGUGGCAUCUCUACCUCAGUUGAGCUGUCCAGAGAGACCAGUCCAACAGAAGACAACGUUCCUACGGCGGAAGAGGCAACGGAAGCAACGGAGGCUAACGCUGGCGUGGGCGAGGAAGGAGAGGAGGAGCAGGGAGCGGAUCCAAACCAGCCAGGAAUCUACACGGAGCAUGUGUUCACCGACCCGCUGGGGGUCGGACCCACUGACUCCCCUUCUGCUGACGCACAGAGGGGCUGCAGACAUGAUGGAGAGAUUUCCUUCCCGGAAGACUCAGACCCGUCAGAUGGAGAAGUCCUGAGGAUGAGCAGCGCACUACCCACCAUGUGGCUGGGAGCGCAGAAUGGAUGUCUUUAUGUGCACUCGUCUGUGACUCGAUGGAGGAAGUGUCUCCAUGCCAUCAAGCUGAAAGACUCCAUCCUCAGCAUAGUCCACGUCAAAGGGAGAGUCCUGGUAGCUUUGGCUGAUGGGACGUUAGCAAUUUUCCACAGAGGCAUUGACGGUCAGUGGGAUUUAACCAACUAUCACCUGUUGGAUCUGGGUCGGCCUCACCACUCUAUCCGCUGUAUGACAGUAGUCCACGACAAAGUGUGGUGCGGUUACAGAAACAAGAUCUAUGUCAUCCAGCCGAAGGCCAUGAGGAUAGAGAAGUCGUUUGACGCUCAUCCUCGGAAAGAGAGUCAAGUGCGGCAGCUGGCCUGGGUUGGAGACGGUAUCUGGGUGUCCAUCAGACUGGAUUCAACUCUACGCUUGUUUCACGCCCACACAUACCAGCACCUCCAGGACGUGGACAUCGAGCCCUACGUCAGCAAGAUGUUGGGAACGGGUAAACUGGGCUUCUCGUUUGUGAGAAUCACAGCUCUGGUGGUGUCCUGCAGCCGACUCUGGGUAGGGACAGGAAACGGCGUCAUCAUCUCCAUCCCGCUGUCUGAAGCCAACAAGACAACGGGAAUAGUGCCAAACCGGCCCGGCAGUGCUGUCCGGGUUUACGGUGAUGACGGUUCAGACUGUGCCGUGCAGGGCAGCUUUGUGCCGUACUGCUCCAUGGCCCACGCCCAGCUGUGUUUCCACGGACAUCGAGAUGCUGUCAAGUUUUUCGUCACGGUGCCAGGUCAGGCGAUGCCCCCUCCAGGCUGUGCAGAUUCAGGCUCUGAUGACCCUCCAUCUGAAUCCUCUGACUCAGCAACCUCUGAGCCUAAAACACACCUGGUCAUGAGUGGAGGCGAAGGCUACAUUGACUUCAGAAUGGGUGAUGAAGGCGGUGAGUUGGACGGUUUAUCAGAGCCAGCAGCCAACCAGCAGUCCCCACCUACCAAGGCCGAGCAGAGCCACCUCAUCGUCUGGCAGGUCACAACCUCCCAUGAUUGAAGAAAAAAAGAAUCAGACUGUUGUGUCAACGCCAGGGCCGCCAACCAAACCCCCGCAUGUCCUCCUCAACGUUUUUAAUUUGAUAUUUCUGAUUGUUCUUAAUGCCUGAGUAGUUCACUACUUUGUAAAGAAAAAAAACAAUUAUUUUUAGUCCAUGUUUUGUACAGUUUAUUCUUUAUGAAUUUGAAUUAGAUAAGUUUAUGUUAACUUUAAGAAUACGUCCAAGUCCAAGUGUUCCCUUCUGCUGGGUUGCAUGUUGAGAGCCGGUGCACACUGGAACAAGUCCUGGUUACUCAGAUGAAGUGUGUUUGGAAGUCUCCAAAAUGUUGACGUGAAAAAAGACAUGAAGGAUAAAAGGGAAAAGCGGCUGAAGCAGUUUUUGCUUUCACUGGAAAGGAGCAGAACUAUAUUUUAUAUGACACACAUAAGACUUUUACAUUUGUAAACCACAUGUCUGUAUGUGUGUGAGCAUCAGGUGUGUGUAUGCAUUCACUGAGCAUUUUUAUUAUAUUAACCAUUAGGGCUGGGUGUCAGAAUAUGUUCCCAUCAAGUCAAAAUGUAUCCAAAUUUCAAAAAGUUGAAUUAAUUGAAUGUGUGAACAGAGGCUUAUUAAUCUAAUGUGUGGUCUGAUUAUUAGAAAUCUCCUUGCACUAACCAGUGAUGAAUUAGAUGUGCUUUUUUCUGCAAAACCUGUAGGAUAAAACACUAUGAGAGGCUGUAUUAAAAGCCCUAUUUAACACAGGUUUAUCUUUUAUGACAUGAAUAGAUGUCUUAGCAGUUUGGGUCCUGCUACUGAAUAGAAGAACCGGCUAACUGUACUGUAGGUUAGCUUUAACCUGCGUGGGGAAAACCCGUAUCCUCGUCCAAGUGUGUGUGUGAGCCUGCUCGGACGUUUUAUAGCUAAAGCGUCGACUGUCCUGUGAAGAAAAUCUGCCACCAGCUCGGUGCUUCCUGUUUGCUUCAGCCCAUUGGCACUUUAAAAUGUUAACUCCCAUGGUAAUGUACACUACACUACUAUGUGCUAACUGUAUGAAGGGAACACAAUAUACAAAUAUAUCUGUAGCUAUGAGUCAUCCCCGUAACCAAAGGACGAAAGAAGAAUUUCAUUAUUUUCCUUUUUUCCAACAUAACGUCUUGUGAGUCUAAUGAUUUGAGGGUAUGUGUGUGUAUAUUCAGGGCGUUGACCUUUUGAGAAAUAUGCUUGAAUAAGGGAAUCUGACUAAAAAUAACAUUUAUGUGUGGCACCUACUAUUGAUCAUGCACUAAAGGGAGUCUCUCCUGAUUGCUUCAUCAUUCCUUCUUUUGUUGUUACAAAUACAUUUACAUUUUUUUGCUAUUUUGGGCGUUUCUUGUGUUUUGAAUUCAAGUAUUCUGAUGAUGACUUUAACAGAAAGCAGGAUACCAACAUUAAGCAGGUGUUUUAAUUUGUUUUUUUUAUAUCUGAAAAGUUGGGCCAAGAUUGGUCUUCAAUCCAUUUCAAAAUAGUAACUUCUGUUUUGUUUUUGCCAUUCCAGUAUUUAUUUCCUUUAACGGGCCUAUCUCGGUUCAGAAUGUAACUUUUUACAUGAGCAAAAUAUAUUGGGUGGCUAUUGUAAACAAAAUAGUCCAAUGAGUUUACGUGAUUGUUAAUAAUGGUCAAAUAAAAUAAAUUAAUGUAAUCAUGUUGGAAAUUUUUGAUAAACCAUGAAAUCGAAGUGUGCAAACAAUAACUUGAGGGUUUCAGAACAACACAUUCAUGAACUAAGCUAUGCAUGUUUUGUUUUUUUAAAGAGGACACUGCUAUGUUUUCAGCUAAAUCUGUUUAUUGCCACCGUUUUUGGUGGGGUGGAUGUCUAUAGGUGUGUAUGUGUGUUUAUGCGUACAGUACAUGUGUAGGAGUACGAACGCAAGACACAUUUGUCCGUGUGUUUGAUUUUGCAAAUGUCUGGUGGUGUGUGUGCUCACUGUCGGUCCAUCUGUAAAACCCCAGAGACUGGUCCCAUUUACCCGUUGCACCGGGCUUCUCUGGACAUGGUUCCUCCUGGUUAAUGUUUGCUAAAACAGCAUCAUAGCCUUAUUUUUAACAAUCUAUUAAACUCAAUUUCAUG